AUGCAGUUAGUGUUGUUAAGUAAAAUGAGUAGACUAGUCGUCUUGUUGUGUAUGCUGCACUGUGCUUUUAGUUAUAAGAUUUUGGUUUGUUACCCUAUCCCGGCGAAAAGUUUGAACAGCUUAGGCGUAGGUGUUGUGAGACUUUUGCUAGACGCUGGUCACGAGGUAACAUACGUAACUCCAUAUCCUAAGCAAGAUACACAUCCGAAGCUGACACAAAUCGACGUCAGUGACAAUGUGAAAUUGAUAGAGAAUCAAGAUGCGAUGAACAUUACCUAUCUUCUGGAGAACGAGCAGAAAUUUAAUAAUGAAAUUGAGUGGCUACAGGAGCUGGCAUACCAAGUAUCCGUAAACACGUUAGAAAACGAUGACAUGAAGAAACUCUUAGAGAACGUUAAGGCGACAUUUGACGUUGUGAUAGUCGAUUUAUUGGAAGCAGAUCUGUACGUAGGUUUAGCAGCUUUGUAUGAUGUUCCACUGAUAUGGGCUUAUUCAGCGGGAGCCCACUCGACAGCCCUCAGGUUAAUUGAUGAUCUCCAAAACCCAGCUUCCUCUACGGACUUCUUUAUAUCAGUUUACCCACCGUACAGCAUCACAGAACGAUUCCAUGUAUUAUACAAACAGUUGGAAUGGCGAUACAUUAAAUACUUUAAAAUAAAGCCAAAAGAAGAAAUGUCUUACAAAGCAAUAUUUGAACCACUUUUUGCUGGACGAGGAAGACAGUUACCUUAUUAUGACGACUUGAUAUACAACGUGUCAUUGAUCUUGAGCAAUGAUCACCACGCGAGCGGCAAACUUCCCAGUUUACCACAAAAUUGGAAACUAGUUGGAGGAUACCACAUACAAGAUCCACCUUUACCCUUACCGGAGGACUUGCAAGCAAUAAUGGAGGAAUCAAAACAUGGAGUGAUAUACUUCAGCUUGGGAUCAGUAUGGAAAAGUGAAACAAUACCGAAAAGGCUGAUAGAAGAUCUGUUAAAAUUAUUUGGAAGUUUAAAGCAGACGGUCUUAUGGAAAUUCGAAACUGAUUUACCUAAUGUACCGGAGAACGUUUAUAUUAUAAAAUGGGCACCUCAGCAAAGUAUACUUGCACACCCAAACUUAAAAAUGUUCAUAUCACAUGGUGGCCUUUUAUCGUCAACCGAGGCUAUCCACUUUGGUGUCCCAACAAUUGGUAUACCAAUAUCUUAUGACCAAUUUAUCAACAUCAACAAAGCAGUCAGCAGAGGUUAUGCGCUUAAAGUCAGAUUGACCUAUGAUUUAGUGAAAGAUCUGAAACUUGCUAUAGAAAAAUUGUUAAGCAAUCCAAAAUAUAAAGAGAACGUGAAGGCUUUAUCAGCUAUUUACCACGACCGGCCAGUACCUCCUGGUAAAGAGUUAGUCCACUGGGUAGAGCACGUAGUAAGGACUCGUGGAGCGGUACACUUAAAGUCUAUCGUCCUAGACGUGCCAUUCUACCAGAAGGCGUAUUUAGACAUCAUGGUUCUAGCAUACUUAACCUAUAAACUGAUUACGUAUGUCUGGAAUAGUAUUUUCUCAAAACAGCGUAGGAGAUACAAAAAAACUAAGACUAAUUAA